AUGUCGGGAUCUACGAAGUUCUUUGGCGGUAAGCUAUUUAUCAAGUACUUUGAGUUUAAAAGCAAGCAAGCAGUCGAUUCCUUCUACUAUAGUGGGUCCACACUUGAUCUCCGGAGCAAGUUUUCCAGUCUCACUCAAAUACUUGCCGUGAGUUCGUUCAUAUUAUUCGUCAUUAUUGAUGUGUUUCCUGCUUGGGUAUAUGGAAGUCUUGAUAUUUUGGCGAAAACCAUAAUUGCCGCUGAAUUGAUUGGUUCUUCUACGAGCAACUUGACGGUUGUUUCCAGCAGUAACAGUCAUGCUACUCAACAACAACAGAACAAUGGAACCCCGUACUACACGAGUCCCUCAUCCAAUACACAAGGCCAAACUAGCAAACCACACACCAACCAGAUUUUGAAUAACGAUUACCUAAAAGUCUUAAGUUACUUCCUUUUGGUGGUGAGUCUUGAUUCCCUACAACAAAGAUUGGACUUUCAAUUGAUCUUGAAAUGCUUCAGUCAGCUUGAUUUUGAGCCUUUGAUUUCCACAAAAGUUUUCCACUCAUACUUACGGCGUCCUCAGUCCUCUUUCUUUACUGGAAGAUUCCCGGACAUCAGUAAGAUCGUAUCGAGUGCUACUCCCAGCCCAAAACUACUAGGGAUCCUACUAAAGUACUUUUAUUAUGAAUUAUGCAUAAAUGUUAUCAUUGUCAAGUUUGAGCCGAUAUUUUCAAUAAUCGGAUUAAAGAGAAUUUCAAAUAAUUUUGAUCACUUGAACAAUUUGAAUCCUAACAUCCCUAUAAGAAACAAAAACUUCAAAGAAGACCCCAUUUUAAUAAGCAAAACCAAUAGCAUUGUUGACUUCCCUCUGAUUCCUGUGAUCUCGUUAAAGUCGACAGAAUUGAAUAACAAAUUAGUCGAUGUUCCAAUUAAAAGGUAUGUGACUGAUUCCAAGAUCAAUUUCCAAAAGACUAACUCCAUUUCAGGUAAGAAUUUUGAGAUCUUUGUGUUAAAGACUUUUACAAAUAAGAAGGUCUCGUCUACAUCUAACAAUAUUAGAGUUAACAAGAAUUCAAAUUCAACCUUAAUAAUCGACAAAAGUGUAUCAAUAAUUCAACCCGUCUGGUCUCUUUUAGCAGUAUUGAAGAUCUUGUUCAAGAACUCCAAUUUGUUUCAAGGCAAACCCAAUGAUCAGAAUGAAUCUCAUUAUGAACUUGAUUCUUCGUUAUCGAGACCAAACAAGUUGCUUCUUGCUCCUGAAUACAUUGAUAGCUCGAGAGUACUUUUCAGAUCUAUUAAUGCCGAACUGAAAAUUCCUACCAACAUCAAAAUUGACUUGAAUGACUUGGAAUGGGAUUACUUUAAGGUUUAUGGUAAUUUUUUGUUAAUCUAUGCCUUGUCUCCCCUUUCUCAAUUUGAAAUAACAAUUCUGAACUCCAAGGAAGAGACUAUUGCUAAUCUUUUGAUCAGUACCCCCUCCGACGAGAAAUCUAUCAUAAGAGAAUCAAAAUCCCUUUCAUCUGUGGAAACUUUAAAGCUUAGCUUGAAAUCUACGUUGAAAAGUCUUGAAAAAAUGAAAAUAGAAUUAAAAGAAUUCAAGAAAGAAGAAAACAAAAGACAAGGGGAAGCAAAAAAGAAUAAUGAAUUAUUGUUAGAAAAAAUCCUGAAAACCUCGAACCACGAUGAACAAAACCUCAAGAAAAUCAAAAUUUUAAAGCAAUCUGUAAAGCAAUUUGAAAUUGACAUUGCCAAUUUGGAAGAUGAAAUCAAACAAGCAUCUCAAGUUGACUUAGAUCUAAAUGAUUCUGCUUUGUGGAAGGAUAUUGAAAGUUUGCAAGACGAAAUCUCCAAACACGAAGGUUUAAUUGAGGAAAUCAACUGCCGCUUAAAGGAAACUGAAGAAAUGAAAGUGCAAAACUCUCAGAAACUUGAUAAGUUGGUUUUGAAAGCCUAUGAUAUUAGUUCCGAGGCUGAGAGCCAUUUGGAGGAAGUUGACAGCUUUAGAACAGGAGUAUUAAAGAAAUUGGGGAGAAAGAUUGCCAGAUUCAAUGAAGGUUUUGAUUCGAUUAUUCCUCAUAUCCAAGCAGACUACCUGGAGCUCUCCAAGUCAUUGGAUGCUUUGAAGAAGUCUCAUGGAAUUACUAUGAACUCUCAAAACUAG